CCGCACGUGUUUUUUACCCGUGCCAUUUUUCUCGUGUUAAUGAGUUCAUUUGGUAUUCACAAUGCCUAAAGAAGGAAGAGAGAAGAAGUAUCGCGUCGAUCGGACGCAAGGAGUCGCUAUGUCGGCGAAAAUCAGACAGAACGACGCUCUUCGCAGAGAAGAGCGAGAGUCCAGAAGGGAGCAGUUUGGUUUUCUGCUUCCCCCCGGAACAACCCUACCGCUGCCACAGCGUGUAGAGGAGGAGACCCGAGCGCUCAGCGCCCGGCCUCACGACAAGGUGGUUGUGUCGAAACAUAAAGGGGCACAAAACCGCAAGGAAAGAAGGAAGCGUCCCUACGGAUCGUCAUGGCGGGCCGGUGACGGAGAGUUCACGGACGACGAUCGGAGCCCCAGCCGGGGCAGACAGGGACAGGACAGACACGGUUCAGGACAGCUGAAGACGUGUUCACAGGACAGAUUGUACACUACGUACAAGGUAACUUAGGACACUUGAACCUCCAACCUACUCUCACCAAAACACUUUGUGAUCCUCUGUUGAUAGGUAGUAGUGUUUAACGGACAGACUGCUUGCAAACAAGACGUAUUGUUUCGAUAGCUAUAGUCCAACAGUCAUUAUGCUAAUUUGUCGUAUCGACAACAGAUCCUUUUCUA